CUUUUCAAAAACAAUUUUAAAUCAUAUUUAUGUUUCAAUACUGAUGCAUUCAACUUUACUUUAUAUGAACAGAUAUUAUAUAAAAUAAUUUGUAAAUAGUAAUACGUAAACCCGCACGUAGUGCGGGUACUCAUCUAGUAUUAAUUAAAAGUUACAUAUCUUAAAUCACAAAGAGCCCAAAGAUAAGGAGAGAAAGAGAGAGUGACACUUCACCACACCAUCUCCUCUCUCUCCCUCUUCUUCUUCCUCUUUCUCUUUCUCUGUUUCUGCAACACAAAAACACCAUUGAGAACCAAUCAAAAUGUCGACAAACCCUAACCCAUGGUCACCAUACGAUUCAUACAAUGAUUGUUCUCAAGGAAUCUGCAACAUCUACUGUCCUCAAUGGUGUUACCUAAUCUUCCCUCCUCCUCCUCCUUCUUUCUUCCUCGACGACGACUCUUCCUCCUCCUCCUCCAGUUUCUCUCCUCUCCUCAUCGCUCUCAUCGGUAUCUUAACCAGCGCUCUCAUCCUCGUCAGCUACUACACUCUCAUCUCAAAAUACUGUCAUCGCCACCACCAAACCUCCUCUUCAGAAACUCUUAACCUAAAUCAUAACGGUGAGGGUUUCUUUUCCUCCACGCAAAGAAUCUCCACGAAUGGAGAUGGACUCAAUGAGUCCAUGAUUAAAUCAAUCACUGUUUAUAAGUAUAAAAGUGGAGAUGGAUUCGUUGAUGGUUCAGAUUGCUCUGUUUGUUUGAGUGAGUUUGAAGAAAACGAGAGUUUGAGAUUGUUGCCGAAAUGUAACCACGCGUUUCAUCUUCCUUGUAUUGAUACUUGGUUAAAAUCUCACUCUAAUUGUCCACUUUGCCGCGCUUUCGUCACCGGAGUUAAUAAUCCCACCGCCUCCGUCGGCCAGAAUGUUUCAGUCGUUGUAGCUAACCAAUCGAAUUCUGCUCAUCAAACCGGUUCGGUAUCUGAAAUCAAUUUGAAUUUGGCCGGUUAUGAAAGCCAAACCGGUGAUUUUGAUUCCGUUGUUGUAAUCGAAGAUCUGGAAAUUGGAUCUCGGAAUAGUGACGCUAGAUCGGAAUUGCAACUACCGGAGGAGAGACGGGAGACUAAGGAUGAAGAUUCGCUGCCGAUUCGGAGAUCUGUAUCGUUGAACUCUGGUGUAGUGGUUUCGAUUGCUGAUGUACUGCGAGAGAUUGAAGACGAAGAAGGAGAAUCCGGCGGAGUUGGAACUUCGCAGCGGCGAGAGGAAGGGGAAGAUGGCGAUGGGAAGACGAUUCCACCGACGGAGGCGAAUCAGAGAAGCGGCGGAGUUUCGGGUUUUUUUGUACGGAGUUUAUCGACGGGAAGAUUUAUUUUCUCGAGGUAUGAUCGAGGGCGAAAUUACCGUCUGCCCCUUUAGUGUAACAGAAUUUCAAAUUUACUGUUUUGUUACUGUAUUUACUGAUAAAAUUAUACAGCUCACUAAUAGUGAAUUAGUGAUUUCUUUUUGAAGGCUGAGAAAAAGUGAUGAUUAUUUUUUAAGUACAGUAAUUUGGUUCCCUCCUGAAUUUAUGGAACAUCCACCACAAAAGCAAUGUGGCAAGAGAGAGACCUAAAAAGAAUACCUAAACGAGGCGAAAUUUGCUCGUGGUGGCCAUUUUUGUCGCGGGUUAUUGAAUUUGUUAGCUAGCAAGUAAGACCUUUUUGGAAAGACGAACAUUGUGAUACUUGGCUUGUUCUUUUUCUCCCAAUAGCUAGUUUAUUGUCAUGGUCGAAGUUCAAAGGAUAAAUGUGAACAUGUUGACAGAAUUCACAUAGAAUCCAAAAAGAACAUGUUGACAGAAGAAAAACUUGGACAUCAGAGAAGAAUCUUUUGAUGCAUACAAAGAAAAGUUAAGAUGUUAGCAUCCCUCAAGAAAAAUAUAUAUGUAAGAGAAUAUGCAACAAAGUUAGAAAAUCACACAAGAAAUAUGUAUAUAUGAAUCAUGUUCUGAUUUUGUAAUCUACUCCUAGUUUU